AAGGUCCACCAGCGUUUAUCACUUCUGUGGAAAUGUGGUGUUGACUGUGACAGGGGCGGGAUUCAGGACAGAGGUGAAACAAAAGCGAGGACAGAGAGUCGGAGGAUCGAAUAAGUAAAACCAGACCUGAUGAGCCGCGUUCACCUGGACGGGGAAACGUUUUGAAGACCACAGAGCCCCUUCUUCUCACAAACUUUGAGGAUGUAAUUGAGACACCCGUCGGCUCCCACCUGAACAGGACUGGACUUUUGUUUUUAACCGUUUUGGAUUCAGAGACGAUGAAGUAAAACACCCACCAAAAACCUCCUUCCUCCUGAGCUGAGCUGGAUCUGUGGGACUGGGUCAUGUACGUCCUGUGCACUUUGGCGGUCUUGACCCUCCACAGCCUCGUGAAGAGCUGGACCAACAAGGCGGUGGAUUCCGAUCAGAGCUCGGAGGCUGGGGGGCAGGGACGUCGUCCAGAGGGUGGAGGAUGGGGGGCUUCCAGGUCUAAGGGGGUUGGAGGAGGUCGGAUGAAGAGUGUGGACUGUGGAGGACAGAGGGGCUGCAGAGCUGAAGGGAAGCGGAGGCGAGGAGGGGGCGUGCGCAACAUCCCAGACGGCAGGAAACGAGUUCAGCAAGGAGCGAGAUGCAGCAAUGAUGGGGACCUGGAGGCCGCAGGGAGGGAGCCGGUCCAGCGGUCCAGCGCUCUGCUCAGCCCGGCGGUCAUGUUCAGCACAAGAAAGACCUGGGACCUCGGCCACGCCCCCUGCCUGCAAGAUCUUUGGAAAAAAGACAUCUCAUUGGACGCGAGCUCAGUGGACUUCCUGAUGAGUGAUGGUGAAGACGACGGCUCCUUCCUGUCUCUGCCAACCGCCGCCUUCUCACAGCGCCCCUCUCUGACCACAGAGCUGAACGAAACAAACGCACCCAGCCAGCAGCUGCUCAUACAGACUCUACAGGACAAAGUGAGCGAGUUUCAGGCUCGUCUUCGCUCUGAAGAAGUCACCCGUCAUCUGCUGCUCCAGCAGCUGCAGCAGCAGAGCGUCUACGAGAAGACGGGCGUCAGUGUCGGAGGAGUUCAGACGUCUGCAGUGCCCAACGGUGAGAAACCCAGCUGUUUCCAUCCAGCUGCUGAGCAGCUGCCGUCAUUCAGGUCUGAAGUGGUGGAGCUGGAGAAGAAGCUGUUGGAUCAGACUCAGGAGGUGGAGAGACUCCGCUCUGAACUGGGGGCGACAGACCUGGAGAAGCAGCUGGAGCUGCUGGUGGUGGAGAACCAGCGUCUGAAGCAGGAGCUGAAGUCAUGCAAGAGCUCCGAGCUGCUGAACCUCGACGCUGCUGCAGAGACCUGCAGCUGCAGCCACUGCCCUCACAGUCAGGAUGCAGAGUCUCUGCGGAGGGAGGUGUCUCGGUGGGAGGGCCAGGCCCGGCACAGGGAGCGGCGGCUGGCUGAGCUCGAGCGAGAGCUGCUGGAGAAAACCUCCAGAGUGGAGAGUCUCCGCCGGCAGCUGGACGAGUCGACCCGGCAGCUGGAGGACAGCAGGAGGCAGCUGGAGGAGUCGAGGAGGAGGCAGGGCGAGGCCGAGCAUAAACUCACCCUCCGGCUGCAGGAGUGCGAGGACCAGCUGGCCAGGCAGGCAGCGUCGCCCCCUAGAGUCAAGUAUGUCACUCAGACGGUGGAGGUGGAGUCGGCCGACUCUCAGAAAGCUCUGGCUGAGCUGCAGGUGAAGAACGCCGGCCUGCAGGAGCAGCUGUCUGUGCAGAGGCAGCUGCUGAGAGAGCUGGAGACACAGCUGCACGAGUCCCAGAGGAGCUGCGCUCAGCUCAGGACGCAGAUCCUGGUCUAUGAGGGAGAGAUGGAGCGAGCUCAGGGUCAGCUGGAGGCCGAGAUGCAGAACCUGGAGGAGGAGAAGAACCGCGUGAUCGAGGAGGCGUUCAUCAGAGCCGAGAGCGAGAUGAAGGCGGUCCACGAGAACCUGGCAGGAGUGCGGAUGAACCUGCUGAGCCUGCAGCCGGCCCUCAGGACUCUCACCUCCGACUACAACUGUCUGAAGAGGCAGGUGCAGGACUUCCCCUUCAUGCUGGACAAAGCGAUCACAGAGGCCAAGCGAGAGAUCUGUCAGGUGAUCAGUGAGGUGAGCAGCACUAACCAGGAGCUUCUGCGGAAAUACAAGCGAGAGAUGAACCUGAGGAAGAAGUGUCACAACGAGCUGGUGCGACUCAAAGGUAACAUCCGUGUUUUCUGCCGUGUCCGGCCGGUCAGUCAGGAGGAGCAGGACUCCGCCGACUCCAAAACAAUGCUGAGCUUUGACUCUGAAGACGACGCCAUCCUCUACCUCUCCAACAAGGGCAAAACCAUGACAUUCGAGCUGGACAAAGUGUUCUCUCCUCAGGCCACUCAGGAAGAGGUGUUUCAGGAGGUCCAGUCUCUAGUCACUUCCUGUAUCGACGGCUUCAACGUCUGCAUCUUCGCCUACGGACAGACCGGUUCGGGGAAAACGUACACCAUGGAGGGCGUGUUGGACGACCCCGGCAUCAACCAGCGAGCGCUCCGCCUCCUCUUCUCUGAGGUGACGGAGAAAGCUCCAGACUGGGACUACAAGAUCACCGUCAGCAUGGUGGAGAUCUACAACGAGACGCUGCGGAACCUGCUGGGAGAGAAUCCCACCGACAAGCUGGACAUUAAGAUGAACCCUGACGGCAGCGGACAGCUCUACGUCCCCGGACUGACCGAGUUCGUUGUGCAGAGCCCGGAGGACAUCAAUAAGGUGUUUGAGUUGGGUCAUAUGAACAGAGCAACAGCGUGCACCAACCUAAACGAGCACAGCUCUCGCUCUCACGCUCUGCUCAUCAUCACCGUGUCUGGAUUCAAUGCUUCGACUGGAAACCGCACACAAGGUAAGUUGAACCUGGUGGACCUGGCAGGCUCAGAGAGGAUCGCUAAAUCAGGGGCGGAGGGCAGUCGCCUCAGAGAAGCCCAGUGCAUCAACAAAUCUCUGUCGGCUCUUGGUGAUGUCAUCAACGCGCUGCGGGGCAAACACUCCCAUGUCCCGUUUAGAAACUCCCGCCUCACCUACCUGCUGCAAGACUCUCUGAACGGAGACAGCAAGACCCUCAUGAUGGUGCAGGUGUCUCCCCUUCCUAACAACAUGAGCGAGUCGGUCUGCUCGCUCAAGUUUGCUCAGCGUGUUCGAAGCGUCGAGUUGAGUCUCUCCUCCUCGUUCUCUAGAAGACACGAGAACUCGUCCACCUCGUCCUCGCCAACACACGAUAGCGUUGAGCUGGACUCCCCCCCGGUGACCCCCGUCCCCCUCCCUAUCUCUCGCGCAAGCAGCGCGGGCUCCACCCUCUCCUCCGCCUCCAGAACUCCCAGUAUAUCCCGGAGGAGGUCCCAGUCCCAGCUCUCCACAGACAGACAGGUAGACAGAGCCAGCCCAUUGGUUGGGGACGGUGGGCAGGACGACUGAAGCUGACAGCCUGAGAGAGACGGAGACGCCCACAGGGUGCCUGCCAACACCCUGAGGCGUCUUCCUGCUGGGACAUCAACGACUGCAAUCUGCCCUCACUGGAUUCAUCCCGCUCCUCGACCUCCGACAGGAGCAGGAUGAAGAAGAAGAAGCAAAGACUCAUGGGAACUUAACAGGCGAAUAUCAGACUCUUAUCUCUGCGGAGUGGCCAAACAUUCUGAUUUCUGAAGCUUUUUUUUCUGAGGCCGAUGACGGACUUUUAAAAGACUCGACCGCUGAAGCCCAAACGUUCACAAGCUCCUCCCACCUGGACAGAAAUCCUCCUCGCAGAGUCUCUCUAACAGUAUACACUUUCCAAUCACAGUAUUUCUUUUUAUUGUUUCUUUGUAAAGUUGCACUUUAACCUUCUAGAUUAUUUUCUAACCCACAGCUCCAGAUGUGGUCGAUUCUAAUAUAUGCAUAAAAUGGUUCUAUAUUUAUGUUUGACAUGCUUUAACUUUGUAGCACGUUUUAUUUAGAGUUUACUCCUUUUUUUUUUUCUUUUGUCGAGGAUGCACACCACCUGAACAUUUCUUCUGACGUUUAAUUGGAUGAUUUCUCGCUGAAAUCUCGGUAGCUUCAGAUUAAAUUAAUUCUAUCCCCCCAUGUUGUGUCAUUUUCCAACCGAGGCUGUCUGUGUCCUCGCGGUCCCCCUUGAACCAAUCAGGGUACGCCACUUGAUACCAAGCUGUCCAAUGAGACGCGAGCAAUACGAGGAAACCUCCCGUGUACAUGAUUGUUGUUUUCCUCUCCUCUUCCUGUGGAUUGUUUGUUUUUUCCGAUGCUGAUAGAGCGUCGUCUUUUCUUCAGAGACGCUCGUAUCUUCUCCUCGGUGUUUCUCCUGCUGUCGUCCAGUCACCUCUGUGAAGAAAAAAUAAACUGCUUUAAAAAUACACCACAGGUGACCUCUGACCUCUGACAGAAGCGAAGACCUGUAGCUGAUGACCUGGUGCUGAGUGUGACGUGAAGCAGGUGGAGCUGAUAGUUAGCUGUAGUCGUAGUAACAGGAAUGCUUAAAAGGCGAUGAGCUGCUGUGUGUUGUUGACCUGAUGAUCAAAUCGUCUGCUUGCUUCGUGUCGCUGUAGAUUUCUACAGUUAGUUUUUUUUGUAUUCCCUUUUUAAUAAACAAUCUGAAAGAUAAAAACGUG